GUGCUGCUGAGGAUGGCGUUCAUAGCCAAGACCUUCUAUGACCUGAGGGCCACAACGCUGGACGGCGACCCGGUGGACUUCAACGUGUACCGCGGGCGGGUGGUUCUGAUAGAGAACGUAGCCUCGCUCUGAGGUACCACCAGCCAGGACUUCAAUCAGCUCAAGCUGCUUCAGAGCAAGUAUCCGCAUCGAUUGGUGGUCCUGGCCUUCCCUUGUAACCAGUUUGGGUAUCAGGAGAAUUGUAGCAAUGGUGAGAUCCUAAAUUCCCUGAAGCACGUACGUCCAGGUGGAGGAUUUCAGCCCAACUUCACCAUCUUUGAGAAAUGUGACGUCAAUGGUGCAAAUACACAUCCCGUCUUUGCCUAUCUCAAAGAAAAACUCCCCUUUCCCGGUGAUGACCCUAACCACCUCAUGCAGGAUCCCAAAUUCCUGGUUUGGAGUCCCGUCAGCAGGACGGACGUAUCUUGGAACUUUGAGAAAUUCCUCAUAGCGCCCGAGGGAGAGCCGUUUAAAAGAUACAGCAGAAAAUUCCCCACCAUUGAUAUUGAGCCUGACAUUCAACGAUUGCUAAAAUUAACAAAAACCUAA